AUGGGACAAACGCUGAGUGCAACAAACAUUACAAGUAAGCUCUUGUGCCUAUUGAGAGUCUACCACGACGUCUUAACACCUUUUUAUGGUUGCAGAGAGAACGGGGCUAUGGUUGAAGUGUUCUACGAGCAGCUCAACUUCGAAAUGCUCACAGAGUCGGAGGCAUACGGAGUAAGUCGAACACGCGCCUACGCUCCUAUUAGCUGUUUACUGCCGGAAGUCGCGUGUGAUGACAAACUGAACAAUUCCAGUUCGUCAACUUGCUUGCCGAUUUUGGUGGUCAACUUGGGCUUUGGUGCGGGAUAUCCUUCCUUACAUGCUGCGAGUUUGUGUUCCUCUUCUUGGAAACAACUUACAUGA